AUGUUUAACCAUAUUACUGACAUCAUUAUAUAAAUAUGAAUAAUACGUUAUUCGCAUUGUGUCUGGCUCUGGCUAUCAUCAGUGUCAAUUCACAGUUGCUAAGUAAACUGAUCGGUGGUGCACAGAAUGCAGCAGCGCAAAUUCUGAAAUAUGACAACGACAACGAUGGAACUGGCAACUAUCAUUUCAAUUAUGAGCAGUCUGAUGGCACCAAGCAUGAGCAAACGGGUAUACUUAAAGACGCAGGCAACCUUAAUCCGUUUGUUAUUGCCAAAGGAUUUUACGAGUGGAUUUCACCUGAAAAUAAGAAAUAUCGCGUUCAGUAUGAAGCUGACGAAAAUGGUUACAGAUCGGAAUUAGAAGAAGGUCCCGGACUUCCUCCAAACGUUGGAGCUAGUUUGCUUGGUUGAUAAUUCAAUAAUUAAAAUUUAUUACACUAUAUUAUGUUAAGCGUUAGGUAUGCAUUUAUAUCAUUUAAUAAAAAUACAGAA